CUGCUGAAAAGAAAAACACAGACUUGAUCAUGACUGACAGCAGUAUGCUAGUGACUGACAUCGGAAGGAGUCUUUUGGGAGAUUCUUCUGUUCUUGAUUCAAAAAUUAUAGAAACUUCCAAGGAGAAUUUAUUUAUUGGAUUGGUUUCAGAUGUAGAAGAGGAAAUGCCUCAGAUUGAAACCAGAGUGGUUUUAGUUCAAGAAGCUGGGAAACACGAGGAACUCUUGAAAGCCUUGGAGACCGUUAAGAUAAUGGAAGUCCCAGUUAUAAAGAUAAAGGAAACUAGUCCUGGUAAAUCAGAAGAAAAACUAAUAAAAAGUAUAAUUCAUAUGGAAAUUAAAGUGCCCUAUAUAAAGACGGAAUCGGUGGAAGAGUUUGGGGAUUCUGAGUCUCCAGAAUUUGAGACAGUCUUCGUUGUAGCAGACUUUCAAGAUUCCAUCUUGGAGAACUUGUGCAAGUUUGACUGUCGUGUUCUUGGACCUCCAAUAGUACUUCAUUGUGCUCAAAAAGGAGAGCCUCUACCUUUUUCAUGUCGUCCAUUGUACUGUGCAAGUAUGUUGAAUCUGGUGCUGUGCUUUACAGGAUUCAGGAAGAAAGAAGAACUAGUUAAGCUGGUGACCUUGGUUCAUCAUAUGGGUGGAAUUAUUCGAAGGGACUUCAGUUCAAAAGUUACACAUCUGGUGGCUAAUUCUACGCAAGGAGACAAAUUCAGACUUGCUGUGAGUCUGGGAACUCCUAUUGUGCAAGCCGAGUGGAUUUACAAGGCUUGGGAGAGAAGGAAUGAAAUUGACUUCUGUGCAGCUGAUGAGGAAUUCAGAAAUGAGUUCAAGGUUCCCCCAUUCCAGGACUGCAUGUUGAGUUUCCUUGGAUUUUCUGAUGAAGAGAGAAUUAACAUGGAAGAAAUGACAAAAAUGCAAGGUGGGCAGUACUUGCCAGUUAGUGAUGACAGGUGCACACAUCUGGUUGUUGAAGAAAAUACAGUAAAAGAUCUCCCAUUUGAGCCUCCAAAAAAACUUUAUGUUGUAAAGCAAGAGUGGUUCUGGGGAAGCAUUCAGAUGGAUGCCAGAGCUGGAGAAUCCAUGUACUUAUUUGAAAAGCCAGAGAGUCCUGAACUCAAAAAGUCAGUGUCACAACUUUCUCUGAAUACCCCAAAUAGCAAUCGCAAGAGACGUCGCUUGAGAGAGACCCUUGCACAGCUCACCAGAGAAACUGACACGUCACCAUUCCCUCCUCGGAAACGCCCAUCAGCUGAGCAUUCCCUUUCUAUGGGGUCUUUACUGGAUAUUUCUAACACACCAGAGUCCAGCAUUACCAAUGGAGGAAGCAGAAUAGGAGUGAGGUGCUCAGACCCAGGUAGAGGCCAGGCCAGCUGCCGUCAUGUCAGUAGAAGUAGUCAAACAUGGAGGAAAAUGAAGAAAAAAUACACAUUUACCAAAUAUAAACCUCCAGAUAAUGUUACUCCAAAGCAGUGUGUGAAUCCUGUUGAAAGUCUCCAGCAAACAAACAAGGUAGCUAGCAUUAAGUCAUCUGGAAACCUAGGCAAUAGCAAACUUGGAAAAGGGACAGUAUCAAAUCUCCAAAAAAAGAUUCUUUUUCUAAAGGAAAGCAAAGAGAUCACUGUAAGGCCGACUUAUCUUGAAGCCUUGAAAGAUAUUUUUGCCUCAUGUCAGCAUCUUUUAGGGACAAAUAGCAUAUCAAAUAUGCCACAAGAUUGUGAAGAACCAACUUGCUUAACUUAUGUUGAUCAAUUAACUAACACAGAAACUAAUAUCUCUACAUAUGGCUCUUGUGGCAAAGAGCAUAUUGCAAAAUCCACAAUUAGUCAACUCCUAGAACUUGGACUCCAAAAUAAAUCCCAAUUCCAACGUACAAGAGCGAGAUCUGGAAAUGCUACAGAUGUAACUAUGAAUGACUUGACUUGUAUGAACACCUGUGAUUAUGUCCAAGUAACUUACGGGCAUAGUCAUCAGGGAAAGGACAGCAAGGACCAGUGUAGCUUUAUAAAUGAAACAUCUUUGAUAGAGGAGACUAAUAUUUUAGUAGGAGACUCUGAACCACCUUCUGAUUCAAAACCAAAAGCCAGUUACGGUGAUACCAGUGCUGCUCUGAUAACAGAAACACCAAAAUCAUGUUCAAAGCCUUCCAAAAAUUCAGCUCCUCUGCCUGCAAAGCAGUCUGCAAGAUGGCAGGUUGCAAAGGAACUAUAUCAGACAGAAAGUAACUACGUCGAUAUUCUGACAACAAUUAUUCAGUUAUUUCAAGUUCCAUUGGGAAAAGAAGGGCAGCUUGGGGGACCUAUCCUUGCACAGGAGGAAAUUAAGACCAUAUUUGGCAGCAUUCCAGACAUCCUUGAUGUGCACACUAAAAUAAAGGCUAACCUUGAAGACCUUAUGAUAAACUGGACUGAAAGCAAAAGUAUUGGUGAUGUCAUUCUUAAAUAUUCAAAGGACUUGUUGAAAACAUACCCUCCUUUUGUGAACUUCUUUGAAAUGAGCAAAGAAACUAUUAUGAAAUGUGAAAAACAGAAGCCACGGUUUCAUGCUUUCCUAAAGAUAAAUCAAGCUAAACCAGAGUGUGGCCGUCAAAGCUUGGCUGAACUACUCAUUCGUCCAGUUCAACGGUUACCUAGUGUUGCUUUACUUCUAAAUGACCUUAAGAAACAUACAGCAGAAGACAACCCAGACAAAGGCAUGCUAGAGAGAGCCAUUGAAUCAUUAAAGGAAGUGAUGACACACAUUAAUGAAGACAAAAGAAAAACUGAAGCACAAAGACUGAUCUUUGAUGUUGUGUAUGAAGUUGAUGGAUGUCCAGCCAAUCUCUUGUCGUCUCACCGAAGCUUAGUUCAGCGAUUGGAAACAGUUGCACUUGGCGAUGACCUCUGUGACAGAGGAGAGCAGGUCACGCUCUUUCUGUUUAAUGACUGUCUAGAGAUUGCAAGGAAACGGCACAAAGUUAUCAGUGCUUUCAAGAGCCCCCAUGGCCAGACCAGACCCCCAGCAUCUCUCAAACACAUUGUUCUCAUGCCUCUUUCACAGAUCAAGAAAGUGCUAGACAUCAGGGAGACAGAAGACUGCCACAAAGCUUUUGCCUUGGUUGUGCGGCCACCAACAGAACAGAACAACUUGUUGUUCAGUUUUCAGAUGACGACUGAGGAGCCUCCUAAAGAGGAUUGGCUGAAGAUGCUGUGUCGGCAUGUAGCGAACACAAUUUGUAAAGCAGAUGCUGAAAACCUUAUUUACACUACUGAUCCUGAUUCAAUUGACAUAAAUACGAAAGAUGUGGACAGUACGUUGAGUAGGGCAUCCAGGGCAAUAAAGAAAACAUCAAAAAAGGUUACAAGAGCAUUCUCUUUCUCCAAAACACCAAAGAGAGCUCUUCGAAGGGCUUUAAUGGCACACAAUACAGUAGAAGGAAGGAGUCCCUGCUCAGCUAGUGAGAGAUACUUGGGCAGCCGCAUGACCAGUACAUCCUCAUUAGCAGGUAUCCCUUCUCCUUCCUUGGUCAACCUUCCCUCAAUGUUUGCAAAGAGGAGUCAUACCUUAAGUCGAUCAACAACCCACUUGAUAUGAAGUAGGCUUAAAAUGAACUACUAUGUUGUAAUGACUGACACGCAACUGGCUGUUCAGAUGACCUGUUACUGAUAUUAAUGGUACUUCAGUCAUUGUCACUUAGUUGCCUAACUUAGUUACCUAACAUCUUGCUAACUGGUAGGGACUCUUUGAUUAGUAGUGAAGAAGAUCACCUAGUCAACCAAACAAGUGAAAACCUUGAUCUAGGCUUAGAAACGUAAUGUAAACACUUUCAUUCAACAAACUGUCUCCUUUAUGCAAUAAACUCUUUUGGUGUCAUAUGCUGAAAUUAAGAAGUCUCUCUUACUUGAGUCAUCCACUGGGUGAUGUUCUUCAGUUAAUCUAGAAGAGUUUGCUUAACUUCAUCAAUUGGCUCUGUACACGUCUUAAAAGCUAAUGCAUGGACUAUUGACUAAACUGAAAUAGUUUAAGAUAUGCCAUUUGAAGUAUGACAGUUGGCCUGUUAUACAGCUGCUUUUUCUGGAUUUUCUAGAAGGUCUAGCUUGUUGGUGCACGAAAGUACGUACUGCAUAUGGUUCUUCAUUUUUUUUUCUAUGCAUCCUUUUCUAAUCCAAUACAUCCAAAUCCUGUAACUGGCUUAGCCACCAAAAGUAACUUGAUCUGAUAGCGAAUUAAAACUAACACUUUUUGGAUGUGCAAAUCCAAGAAAAAACAUCACUGUACUUAAAUUGUAUUUAUAGCCUUUGAGCUGAGAUUAUUUUUAGAACGGUCUCCAGAACCUUGUUUAACUACUUUAUAUAUAGAGAGAGCUUAUUCAGGCACAGUGCGAAGCUGAAAUUGUGGACCUGGUUUCAGUUUCUAACACUAAUAUUUUUACUUGCAGGUUUUUGGUGUAUAAUUUCCAAAACCUUUUUCUACAUCUUUGCUAUAUUUAGUCUUUUUGUAUUUUUUUCUUUGCAAGCUGUACAUUUUAAAAUCACGUUUUCAUUCUGUAUUAUCCAACGCCGUCUCAGGAAUUGUCCAACUGUGUAUAUUUCUGCACUUAACUUUGAACUAAUUGCCUGUAUGUCAUGUGUGGCAUGUCCAACUCUAAGAUUCCCUUUAACCACAAAAUGCUACUUUUUUUUCUGUUACAUGUAAUUAGUUUUGCUUUUGAAGAUGUCAGAUGGCCUGUUACUUCUGUAUUUAAGAUAGGUUUUUUGCCAAAAUAAAUCAUGUAAAUAAACUGUUUAAAACAA